GUCUAUCACCGACGGUCAGUUUCCGCUUUCUCUCCUUUACCAUACUUCAUCAUGAUGUCCGCUCGUAUUGUUGGUUCUACGAGGAGAGUAGCGUUCGCCUCAGUGACCGGGAGAUCAACUGCCUCGCCUUCCGUAAUUCUCAAGCGUGGUGUGCAGAUACAAUCCCUGUCUCCAUCAGCGUCGGAAGCAAUUCUGAACGCCCAGCGUCUCAAACGCCCUUCCAGCCCUCACUUCACAAUAUACCAGCCUCAACUAACAUGGCUUAGCUCGAUUGCAAACCGCGCAACUGGCGGUGCGCUUAGUGCACUCUUGUACGGCUUUUCGCUAGCAUACCUCGUUGCUCCAGAUACUUUCGACAGCGCACAUAUCAUCGAGUUCGUCGGAGGGCUUCCAGACUACGUGAAGUACACCGGCAAGGUGAUUCUGGCUGCGCCUUUCACUUUCCACUUCUGGAAUGGUUUGCGACACUUGAGUUGGGACAUGGGUAAAUUUUUGAGUCUCACAGGAGCUUACAGGGCUGGGUAUGCUGUUUUAGGGGCCACAGCUGUAUCUACAGCUGCAUUGGUUUUCAUGUAAAUGUGUGUAGAAGGCCACUUGAACUAGUACUGUCCUAUAUUGCUUCAGCUUAUAGUGGCAAGUCACUAGCAAUUGAUCUUUGAGGUUCGCACGCAUUUAUGAAAAUGGUACAAUAUUGUGCAUGCUUUAUGAACUUGCUAUUAUCUGGGAGUGCGCGUGACCAUGGUAGCCUUUGGCAUGAGCCUGUGUACAGGAUUGCCAAGUACUCAUAAAGCUCCCAUGACAAGAUAACGCGGACCGCUGGUCUUAUCAAGAGCCAUUAUAAGCCAGUGGCUUCAAUCGAUGUUCCGCUCCCUUCGACUUAGCUUUCUCCUCGCAAACCUCGUCAAACGCAAGAC